UUUCAGGUGAUAACUAACCUCUCCCAGUCAUCAUCAUUAUGGAUGGAGACGCUACCACUCAGCAGACAGGGGUGGUCGAUGGUGUAACAGCUGAGGGGCAGGUGCAUGGAGACCAUGUUAAAGGUCAAGACGUAGGUGGACAUCACGGUGUAUCGUCUGUUACAAAUGCACAGCAUGUCAUCACUGGCAAUCAGGAACACGUACCUUCCAGGCAUCAACUUGUUCAUCCAAUAGUAUCUGUACACUCCAUUGAUGGACGGCUUAGUAUUAAGAAGGAUCCCAUGUUGUCAGGCCACACAGUACAGCCCUCUAUACGACAAGACAGUAUACAGGACCAGUUAUUAGUGGCAGUGCAAUCAAUUCAUGACAAUACAGUGACGACUUCAGCCGCUGAUGUCAAUAAAUAUGAUGUGUCCAACGCCUCGUCUGUGCCUACACUAGCAGCUCAUCAGCUGAUGAUGAACCCAGCUACGUUACAGGCAUUACAAGCACAACAGCAAGCAUUACUAGCACAUCAUGGACUAGGCACACAGGUGAGCACUGGUCAACACUUACUGUCUACAACACAACAAGUACUACCUAAUACUGUUACACCGACGGCUUCAGCUGCUGGCCAGCACCAGCUUGCUCAGCAACAAGUAGUUCAGCAACAAGCAGCACAACAAGCAGCACAACAAGCAGCUCAACAACAGGCAGCCCAGCAACAAGCAGCUCAACAACAGGCAGCUCAACAACAGGCAGCUCAACAACAGGCAGCUCAACAACAAGCUGUUCAACAACAAGCUGUUCAACAAGCAGUUCAACAACAGGCAGCUCAACAACAACAACAACAAACUUCUCAGACACAGCAAAACGCAUCAUCUCAAGUGUUAACCCUGCCAGCCACUAGCUUAACUGGUCAGCAGCUUAUUACCAUUCCUGCCAACAGCGCAACGGGACAGCCCCAGCAACAUUUUCUCACAAUUCCAGUUACAAAUUCUACAGGACAGCAACAAAUCCUAACAAUUCCUGUGACAAUUGCGCAGGGACAGGGUGGGGUCCAAUUUCUUGCCAUCCCGUCGUCAACUGGUCAAGUUCUUUCUGCUGCUGGUCUUGGAGGUAUUCCAAGUGGACAGAUGGUGACAACUGUUGCAGCCCAACCAACUACUCCCUCCGCUGUGUCUUCUACUGUAAGCUCACAAUGUGCUGUGUUGCCAAGCACUCUCUGUACUUCUACAGCACAAACACAACCCACACUAACUGCUGUAUCCGCUGCAGGCGCUAUUGCUGCCACUCCUCAAGUUACUGCCUCUACCCACCAAACAAUGACUGCCCAACCCCAGGUUCUUCAGAAUACUACCAAUCAAGUGAUGACUGCUGCCAUUCCAUCUGUAAAUACGCACCUCAGUACACAAGGUGUGGCUGUGUCUGCGGUAGGUUUGUCCAGUUCUACUGGCCAGUCAGUGCUGACUCAGCCCACUAUUCCUUCUAGUUCGUUAUCUACAGCUGUCACGGCGACACAAAGUUCUCCCCAAACCCAGGCUAAUCCUGCCGGCAGCACCACCAAUAUUAGUCAGCUUACUACAAAUGGUAACAGUAACACGGAGGUGGAUGGCGUCAAUUUGGAAGAAAUUCGUGAAUUUGCCAAGCAGUUCAAGAUUCGACGGCUUUCCUUGGGGCUCACUCAGACUCAAGUUGGGCAAGCACUGAGUGCAACUGAAGGUCCAGCGUAUAGUCAGUCUGCCAUUUGCAGGUUUGAAAAGUUGGACAUUACCCCCAAAAGUGCUCAGAAAAUCAAACCAGUUCUUGAACAGUGGAUGUCCGAAGCUGAAGAUCGUCAUAAAAAUGGUGUGGGACCUUUGACAGAGUUUGUUGGCAGUGAACCAUCCAAAAAGCGGAAACGUCGUACCUCGUUUACCCCGCAGGCACUAGAGAUACUGAAUUCACAUUUUGAGAAAAAUACCCACCCAUCAAGUCAGGAUAUGACAGAGUUAUCUAAUAAACUGAACUAUGACAGGGAGGUAGUUAGAGUGUGGUUCUGUAAUAAAAGACAAGCAUUGAAAAACACCAUCAAACGAUUAAAGCAUGAUGGUACAGUGGAGAAUCAAUCUAGUGUCUAG